GUUCGUCGAUUUCCGUCACCGUUCGUCAUAGGGAGUGUCUGGCAAUGUAGCGUCGUGUUUGUGAAUCAAUGCUUGUGCUUUAAUUUAAUACAUUUUUUUUAAACUUUAUCUUUUUGAAAAAACUUUAUUCAUUGUAAGAUCCGUUAGGUAAAUACCACUUCAAUAUUCGUGUUUGCAACGAACGUCUCGUCAAAGUUGGAAUAUAUGAAUUAGACACAGAUUAAAUGGCAAGGUGAUCAUCUUCAGGGAGUGUCUCUAAGAGCUUCAUUUUGUCAAUUUGGUUGCAUUUUCCGAAGUCGCAAUCUAAAUGUUGUAAUCUCUUCUCGAUUAAGAUUAAUAAUAAUAUUAUAAUCUUAAAAUUGAAAAUUAUAAAAUGUCUGUAGAAUAAUUACAGAUAUUCGGAAUGAUGUCUCGUUUAUUAACUACCGUGGUGUUUUCGCUAAUUUUUUUACUUCCCGCGUUUGCACAAAACAUCCUUUAUGGAGAACAAGCCUACGAGUGUCCCCAGCACUGGAUACGAUUCCAAGAGUCAUGCUAUCGUUUUAUCAAAAGCCCACUAAGACCACGAGAAGAUGCACGCAGAAAUUGCCAAGCAUUCCAAAGUGAUCUGCUUACCAUUAAUUCAAUGGAGGAGCAUGGAUUCGUACUCUAUCAAUUAUUGUGGCAAGAUCCGCAACAUCGUACGUGGUACACUGGAGUAAAGCUCCAGAGUGGCCUAUGGAUAAAUGAGGCAGACAGUACAACAUUGAUAAACAUGGACAAUGCCUUUCUGCCUGAGCCUAACGACAAUGUCCUAGGACGAGAUUAUUUAGCAUACUCGUAUUCUAAUAAUCUCCAACGUUGGGGAUUAGAGAAGGUUACUGGGAGGGAAGAACUAUUGUAUAUCUGUGAAGCUCCUAUUGCAACUCUUCAUAAUUUGGUGGAAGAUGACCGUACUUAUCAGUAUGGAAUUGAUAUUGAUAAUCCUCUUCAAAUACCUAGGGGUCCAUAUUUCAUAAAACAGCCCAUAAGCAAAGUGUUUGAUGUAUCAAAAAGAAGAAUAAGCAAUGAUGUCUCGCUAAGUUGUUUGGCAGGGGGCUAUCCUACUCCUACUUACGAAUGGUUCAAGGAGGAUUACGAAAACGAUCGACUUAUUGCAACAAAAAUAGAUCCUCUGUCAAAUAGAAGAUAUACUGUAAGUGGUGGAACAUUGAUCAUCUACGAACCAGAACAGACAGAAGAUCGUGGCUCAUAUCACUGCAAAGCAACUAACAAGUUUGGCACAAUUAUCUCUGAGAGUGUCGAACUAUCAUUUGGAUACAUCUUGGAGUUUAAUUUGAAACGUUCUGAGGAACGUGGAGAUAAUCAUUGGGGCAAAGCAGUUUAUUGCGAUCCACCACAACAUUUUCCAGGCGUUAAAUACUAUUGGGCACGCGAUUACUUUCCCAAUUUUGUUGAGGAGGAUAAACGUGUAUUUGUUUCGCACGACGGAGCGCUUUACUUUUCCGCUUUGGAAACAAUUGACCGAGGAAAUUAUUCGUGCAAUGUUCAAAGUAUCGCAUCCGAUACUGGGCGUAAUGGGCCAUUCUUUCCGUUAAAAGUGGAUAUGCACUCAUCUUUUCAACAGUUAAAAUUUCCUAAUAAUUUUCCAAAAGCGUUUCCGGAAGCGCCUGUAGCCGGAGAAGAAGUUAGACUGGAAUGCAUUGCAUUCGGAUACCCUGUUCCUUCAUAUAAUUGGACUAGAAGAGGUUCCGUUUUACCGCGUGGUGCUUACACAGCAAAUUACAAUCGAGUAUUGAUAAUACCUCGUGUACGCGUGGAGGAUCAAGGCGAAUAUGUUUGCCGAGUGCAUAACGACAGAUUAUCUAUCGAAAAUUCUGUUCGAUUGACCAUACAGGCAGCGCCUAAUUUCACCAUCCCAUUGAUCGACAAGCACAUGGAUAAUCGGGCGGAUUUAACAUGGACCUGUGAGGCGUUCGGUAUACCAGAUGUCACUUAUAGUUGGUUUAGAAACGGAGAAAUCUUGGAUAUGUAUACUCUACCACCUGAAGAUAGAGAUCGUUAUACUGUACAAGAUAAUGUACUAAAUAUACGACAUUUGGAUCCCGAGAGAGAUCAAGCUAUGUAUCAAUGUCGUGCGAGGAAUCAGUUGAAAACAACAUAUUCAUCGGCUCAACUUAGAGUCUUGUCGUUGAAACCUUCUUUCAAAAAACGGCCUAUGGAAUCCGAGACAUAUGCAGCGGAAGGAGGUAACGUUACGAUUGUAUGUAAACCUGAAGCCGCACCUAGACCAAAAUUCGUUUGGAAAAAAGAUGGUAACGUAAUCGGAUCGGGAGGUAGGCGAAGAAUUUUGGAAACUGGAAAUCUCAUUAUUAGUCCGGUAUCACGAGACGAUGAGGGAAUGUAUGUGUGUACAGCGACAAAUCAGUACGGCAGCGAUGAAACUCGUGGACGACUGAUCGUACUACGUGGACCACAAUUUAUUCAAAGACUGCCGCCAUAUUUAAUUUUGGACUAUAAUUAUAAUCUGACAUUGCGCUGUUUGGCCCAAACAGAUGAAAUGUUAGACGUAGCGUAUAUUUGGACGCAUAACGGUAUGCGUAUCCGUAAUAAGGAUAUGCAGAAUAAUCCGCGAUUACAUAUUGGCGGUGAAUAUCUGGAUAUUAUAAAUGCCACAUUUACUGAAGCUGGUGAUUACGAAUGUAUUUUGAGAAGCGCUGUUGGCGAAAUAUCGAGCAAACUUACUCUGAUCGUACAAGGACCACCAGGACCACCUGGUGGAGUACAGGUUGUGAAUAUCGUUAAAACUUCAGCCACGUUACGAUGGACUGACGGUGCCUUGAAUGGCAAACCGAUAACUAUGUACACAAUAAGUGCCAGAACGAAUUGGAAUCGUACAUGGUAUCCUCUUGUAGAAAACAUUACGGCUAUCGAAAUGGAUAGAUAUAAUGGCCGAAAAGAGGCAUAUCUGGAGAAUGUUCUAAACCCUUAUUCCACGUACGAGUUCCGUGUGCAUGCCUUUAAUGAAUUUGGCUAUGGUCCGCCAUCAACUCCUUCACCUCAAUAUAGCACUCCAUCCGAUAAACCUACGAAAGCACCAUCCAAUAUCAGCGGUGGUGGUGGAAAGAUCGGCGAUCUCACAAUCACGUGGGAUCCUCUUAGUCCAUCCGAUCAGAAUGGUCCUGAAAUCUAUUACAAGAUAUUCUGGCGUCGCAAAGGACAUGACAAGGAGUUUCAAUCGUUGUCUCUGAAGGAAUAUGGUAAUGUCGGUAGCAGUGUCGUGGCGAUUCAACCUCAGUAUUACUACACAGAAUAUGAAGUGAGAGUACAAGCGAUCAAUGCAAUGGGCGAGGGACCUAUAUCCGAAAUCGAGACGGUGUACAGCGCAGAGGACAUGCCACAAGUUGCACCGCAACAAACAUUUGCCAUGAGUUACAAUAGUACCAGCUUGAACGUCAGCUGGAUACCGAUCGAACAGACUCGCGAGCGAGUGCGAGGCAAACUAAUUGGCCACAGGAUCAAAUACUGGAAAGAGAAUAAUCGCGAAGAAGAUGCUACUUAUUAUUUGUCACGUACCGUUCGUCCUUGGUCGCUGGUUGUUGGAUUGCAACCAGAUACAUAUUAUUACGUAAAGGUAAUGGCCUAUAAUUCUGCUGGAGAGGGUCCGGAGAGCGAGCGAUACUUGGAACGAACAUAUCGCAAGGCGCCGCAAAAACCACCAUCGUCAGUAAACGUGUACGGUGUAAACCCGUCAACGGUGAGGGUCGUCUGGCGUUACGUGCAACCGAGCCUAGAGGAAGAGCCGCUGAUCGGAUAUAAAAUACGUGUAUGGGAGGUCGAUCAGGACAUGAGCACGGCGAACGACACGAUCAUACCAGGUGGUUCUAAGCUAGAGGCCGAUAUUAAGAACUUGAGCCCAGGCAAGGCGUAUCAUCUAAGAGUGCUUGCAUUCAGUAACGGUGGCGAUGGGCGAAUGUCAAGUCCUACCCAUACAUUCCAAAUGGGCGACGCCGCUGCCUUCAGGAGCAGCGCUGGUAACAAAAUUUUGGAUGCCGCUGUGGGCAUAGUUUUCUUGUUGCUUUUACGAGUCUACAACUAUGUAUAGUAUAAAUAACAGCUAGUAACGGGAAGCUAUAAUGGAUAAUGAUUAUAAUUUUGUAUAGUUUUUUUAAACAAGAAAGCUAAAAGAAUGCUAACAGAAACUAAACAAAUACUAAAUAACAAAUAUUAAAUAAGAGUUAAUGAGAUAUUAUAAGGCCUUUUUAACUCAAUGAAAUAACCUUAUGAUCUGUUAAAUUCAUCUUUAAUUAAAAAUUAAUAUUGCUACGUCAAUGCUACUUAACGAUGUAGUCGCUUAUGUUCUCAGCGUUUUUAACAAUAGUAUCUCACUUAAGUACUUCCACAAUUAUUUUUUAAGAAGAAUUAUGGUACUAUAAAGAGACUGAAGCUAAUCUGCAUGUGAAAUAUGUCGCGCAGAAUAGUUACAGUGAAUUCAAUAUAAUUUUUAUUCUAUAUAGUAAGAAGAUACUCUGUUUACCUAUAAUAUACAUAUUUUUCUCUUUCUCUUAGCAAAUGCAUUAACAAUAUUUUAAAAUUAAUGAACAAUACAUUAUCUUUUAUCAUAAACUAAUGAAGUGUGUAUGUAUACACACAAAAUACUGAAAAAAAUAUUUUUUUUUCUAUAUUUCAUAAAGGUUAUAAUUUCAAAUAUUAAGUGCCCGUUUUUUGUUUGGAAAAUUGUCAAGUCUCUAUUAUUUUGUAACUUUAGAAUAAUACUACCUCAUUCCAUGAUAUAUUUUUGAGAUAAGCAAAGUAAUUUGAAAUACAUCAUUUGGCAUAAGUAUUUGGAAUAUUAUAUACAUUGAGCAAUAAUUAUAAAAAUAAUUUGAAGAUACCAAUUUUUGCAUUUAACAUUCUAUGCAGAUUACAUUGUCCAAUAAAAUGAAGAUAAUUUUGUAAGAUAAGAAUUAAAAAUAAGGGCUACUUCAACCAACUUUAAUGGAUUAUUAACUCAAUCGACAAAUUUGCCAACAUGGAAAUCAGUUUAUUCUUAGAUCAAGACGCAAAAUUCUCUUUAUAAUAUAUUUGAUCGAUCUGAUAGCAUCUGAUAUAUUUUAGUUUUAACGCAGAAGAAAUUAUUAAUUUUUUUAAUUAUAAUGAAUACUGCUGAUAGAGUUAUUCGUCUAUUAAAAUUAAUCCAAGUUGGUUAAAGGCUCUAAAAGUAUAUUUUCUCGUGAUUUUAAUGCACUUUAGAAACAAAAUUAUAUAACGGUACUAUGUCAUAAAAAUCGUCCAAGUUGACAUUUUUUGCCUCUUUAAUGCCAUUUUUCUCAAAAUUGUGACGUGAUAAUUUUGAUAAAGGAUUCGUAUUUAUCAGACAUAACUACAUCAGAAAUGAUAUUUACACUUAUAUUACAAAAUGGUGUUAAAUUAUGUGAACAUAUUCAUUCUCUUUGUAAUGUAAAAAGUUGCAAGAAUUUGUGUUAGUGGCACAGAGAAAAAAACGUAAUUAGUAAGCAAAUUGGCCAAUCACAAAAACUUAAGUAGUAACGUAAAUAGUAGCAAAUCAAGCAUGUUGAUUUUUUUAGUAUUUAAGUCUUAUUGUUUUUCUAUGUGCCCCUAGCUUUACUUAUUAAAAAUAAAAGCACAUUGACAACAAAUAUUUGCUGUAUAUUAUAAUUCUAAACACAAUUUAAGAUAAUGAAAAUUUCAGAAACAUAUAAAUGCCACUUGAUCUAAUGAUAGAAGUUGUAAAUUUGUAAUAGAAAGAGAUAUAAAAAAAUUAAUUCGCUAAAAUAUGUAUUCAACGUUAAUAAACAUAUAUUAUAUAUUCAUAUACUAUAAUUUAAGAUUUAUAUACUGUAAUAAUGAUUUAGAUUUGAUAAUUAAUAAUGAACAAGAAUUAUUACGUAACGUGCUAAUGUGAAAAGCAUCGUCAUUUUCCGUCCAUAUAUACAGAAGUAGGUAAUGAACACUCGGCUAAGUUUGACAAUACUACGAAUGUUUGUUAAUCUAUUGAAUUAUUCUAAUACUGUAAAUUAUUAAAAUUUUAGUUAAUAUUAAAUUGUAUUAUAACUACAUUAUUUUAACUAAUAUAUCAAUAUUGGUACAGCUUACAAAAUUGAAUUUAUAUAUAUUUUAUAUUAAUUACUUUUUAAUAAAUUUGUAUAUCUGUAUACAUUUUAUAUUUAAAUGUUUUUAUUUUUUUAUUUAUUCUAAAAAUAUGUGACAAAAGAUAUGAUGAUAUUAGAAUAAUUCAAAGAUAUUAUAUGAUAAAAGUUUAUAUAAACCAUAAUAGUGUUCACCAAGUGUUCGCCUAUAAUAUAUAAAUAAGUAUCAGAUAUAUUAUUUUGAAUAUUUUAUUAUUUGUAUAAGAACAUGUAUGUUUUGAUGUUUCUUUUUUUUUAUAUUCUUAUACAACGAAAUUUCAUAUUCAUUAUUUAUAGUGUUUAAAUAGCAAUAGUUUACUUAUAUACAAGUAAUGAUUAAUCAAAGAAGUAUGAGAUUCUAAUUAUUUGUUAUUGAUUACCAAUAUCUUAAUUAGAAGUAGUAAGCACUAUCAAUUUCUCUAAUUUUAUAUAUUUUUUUUACACAUUAUUGCAUAUGUAUUAUGUAUUGUAUUGCAGAAACAUACCCUUAUACACAAACGUGCGCAUGUUGUAUAUAAUAAAUAAAUUUUUUUACAAUUCUAACGUCAA